AAUUCGUUUUUGCAUUUGACCUUUUUUACACAGCAUAGCGGAUCUUCUGCUUUGGAUUGAAGAAGAAGAAGUUUGGAAUCUAACAAUUCUUUGAAUGCAAAAGAAAAUUUUAUUAAACCGGCCUUUAAGGUGCAACAGAAACAAAACCGGAAUUAUUAAAUUUUCCACAUAGUUUUUACACAGGACACGAGAGUCUUUCUACUUGUGCAUUAAUAUAAUAUGGCAGAAUCCUUGCGAGUGUUUAGAGAUUAUACUGCCCAACAAUUUGAGGAACAUGUUUUUUUUAUUUGUCCCGAAUGCGGUAUUUUACAUAAUACACAGAAAGAAUGGCGUCGUCAUUUAAACGAAGAACACGAUUAUAUUCAUAAAAAAGGCACAGAUUUUAAUUAUGAAGAAAUUGGCAACAAGAUAUAUGAAUGUCGAGACUGCAGCAAAGUUGUCGAUGCUCGAGAAGUUCGUCACACAACGUCAUUACAAUAUCAUAGAUUUACGCAUUUGCCAUAUCCACGUAGAUAUAGUUGCCGUCAUUGCUUGAAAGAUUUUACGCAGAAGAAAACUUUAUACAUACAUUUGGAUAAAAUGCAUGGAAAUAUAUUAUCGGGCUUUGGCCAUCAACAUCGGAAAGUGGAAGCGGCGUCGGUGGAAGAUCCGCGUUUAAAUGCCGAAUUCUAUAUGCGUUUUUUAUGCCCGCUAUGUGGGAAACACUUUGAUCGUCAUCAAAAAUGGCGACAACACAUCGACACUAAUCAUUGUAAUGCAUUUAAGCAGUUUCAUAUGAAACGCAUAGGCAAUAAUAAUUACUAUUGCACCUUAUGUCAGCUCAUUUUAACGGAUAAUCCAUCCAGAUCUCAGUUACAGCGACAUUACUUCACGCAUUUGCCAUAUCAAAUGUAUUUCCAAUGUGCCUUUUGUUCUACACGUAAAUGUUAUAAGACCGAGGUAUUAUUGCAUUACAUUAACGUGCAUUUGCAUACACAUCCAAAUAUUAAGGAUAUUAAGGGAUUGUUAAAAAUACCUAAGGAAUGGGGUGGUGAAGCUAAUUUGGAAACGGUCAGAGAAUUAAAUGAACUUUUGCGAAUCAUAUUGCAACAACAAAAUGUAAAUGUAAAGCAAGAAUUGUCAGUAAGCGAAGAGCUGCAGCAACAAAAUACUAUAAAAAAAUCACAUGAGCUUGGGAAUUUGAGGCUAGAGGUAGAAGAUGCCGCUUUACAAGAAACGGCCGACAAUUCUUUUUUCUUACAAAACGAAAUAAGCGACAAAGACCUGGAGGAUAUUUGCAAUGAAAUGUUUGAAGAAACCGAUAGCGAUGGAAGCGACGAUGACCGUGAUGAUGAUUUGGCAGCUGCAUCAAUACGAUUUGAGCCGAAAUUUGUACGCUUGAAAGCGAAAGAUAGUGCAAAAUUUAAACCCGAUGAAUGGCAGAAAUUUCUCAACUAUUUAUGCCCGGAAUGUGGUCAAGAAUUUGAACAUCAAAUCGUUUGGCGUAAUCAUGUUUUCACUGAUCACAAUCUUUCCGAUCUUAUAUUUAAUGAUGUCCGUCCUUUAGAUGCGGAAAAGAAUUCAUAUUUAUGUUUAAUAUGCUCCAAAACUCUAGCAACAAAUGACUUUAACAUCCUAAAGCAUCAUCAUUUUAAACACGCUCCAUACAAAUCGUAUCUAAAGUGUAAAUUAUGCGGUGAAAGGCAAACAAAUAAAAUAAAAAUGUUUCAACAUUUGCAAAUAAAUCACGGCGAUCAGAUUAUCAUGGAACACGAGUGUUACGAGUGUUCCCUUUGCGGUAAUAAAUUCGAAAGUCGGGAAAGUUUAAGAAAACAUUACGAACAAUGUUUAACGACAGAAAAUGGUAUCAUUCCGAGUGGCAAUGUUGAAGAAAAUGAGAGGAUUUUAAAGCAUUUGGAAAGUGCUGGAAAACGCUUAAGAACGAUGCUACUGGACAUGGGAGAAGACCCUGAUAUGUUGCCCACGCCUAUGGAAUGUAUCUAGAAGCAAAUCAAAGACUGUAACAGAAAAUCGAACAAGGAUUGCUUUCUAUUAUAUCAAGCAUUUCAAAAUUAGCAUUUAAAUUACAUGUAAUGGCGAGGGGAGAGGAUCCUGAAAUGAUGGAAUGUAUCUAGAAGCAAACCUGUUCUACUAGAUUAAGCAUUUCGAGAUUAGCAUUUAACUUAUAUAUAAUGGAGAGGGGUAAGGAAGCUUGGUAUACCAUAAUAAUAUUUACCUCGCAUCCUGGCAAUAUUUACUAGUACUAGUAUGCGAAGUUUUGCUCAUCAGUUGAUUAUGAACAAUGCGUGUUUUCACUCUUGCUUCCAACUUGACUAAAGAAACGUGGAUAUAUAUGUAACCCCCUUAAGAUAUAUGUGUUAGAUGCUUGCAAAAAUUUUGAUCACUUUUUCAUUUGAGAAAGGUAUUUAUUGCGGAAAAUUGGUAUAAUAUAUAUUAAUCAAAAUGGUUUCCAUCAUUUUCCACAAAACCUUAUAAUAUUUUUGGCGACUUGAAGAUAUCAUGUCGAAAGAACUUGUAUUGGUUUGGCAACGCUUUCGUACUUCUUUAUCUCUGUGAACCCGCGUAAGAUAUGAUGGAGCAACAUAACCAUAUGCCUCUGAACUUGUUGGGUGGACUUCGGCAGCAGAUCUCUUCAAAUAAAUAACAAAAGUAAUGGAUUUGGAAGUAGAAGUAUUUUUGAGCCCUUCACGAUUACCAUGGGCGUAUCCUGAACAAAUGGGAAACUGUUAAUUUAUGUAGAGGAACUUCAAAAGCAUCGAGAUCAAACGUUAUAUGUAGAAAUAAGUGAUCAAAAUUUUUGCAAACACCUAAUAUAUCAAUAUAUAUAUAUAAAAAUAUUUUAUAUAUAAACACAUUUGUGCUAAGGUUGGGAGUUUUAGAUCAAUUUGAAGAGGUCCAUAAAACAAGGAAUCUUUCUACGUUUGAAGCUUGUGCAUUGUCUGUACAUCAAAUUCGGCUUUGACACCUGAUUAUGAAAAGAAAAAUUUUAAUAAAUUUUGCCCAAAUAUUCUGCGGAAAAACUUUUCU